CGAGGCGCGAGAUGUGGGGAGAUAUGGCUGAGAUCUGGGGAGAUAUGGCUGCUUCCCUGCCGGCGGGCUCGUACCGCGUCGAGGCGCGACUCAAGCCGGCGGUGUCUCGGCUGUGUCUCGGCUGUGUCUCGGCUCUACCUCGCUGCACCUCGGCUGCACCUCGGCUGCACCUCGGCUGCAUCUCGGCUGCACUUCGGCUGCAUCUCGGCUGCACUUCGGCUGCAUCUCGGCUGCACUUCGGCUGUAGGCGAGACUCAAGUCGGCGGCGUCGCUCUUCGAAAAGGUCGCGUUGCGCGGCAAGCGAGCCGACGAUUUGCUCGGACUCCGGGUGGUGCUCGACGGGCACCGCGAGUACGGCGCGGCGGGCGGGCUGUGAACGGCGUCUCUUCACAGCAGCGGCGGGGCGAGGUAGGUACCGCGAGUACGGCGAGGCGGCGGGCGGGCUGCCGCAGAGGGCUGGCGACCACUCGCGCUGCCUCGCGGUGCGGCAAGUGGCGGGCCGACUUUGGGGCGAGGUCGCCUUCUCGGACUACAUCGCGUCUCCAAAGGCCAACGGGUACUGUUCCCUCCACUCCACCUACGCGCUGCCGUCGGGCACGCCGCUCGAGCUGCAGGUGCGCACCGGCGCGAUGCACCGCCAUGCAGAGUCAGGACCCGCGGCGCACUCGGCCUACAAGGCCGGCGCGGCGGCGGACGCGGCGGCGGGCGGCGGCGGGCUCGGCGGCGGAGGCUGGCUGGGAGGCGGCUUCUUGCCGCGUGGCGCGGCGCCACUGGCUCGGCUUCCUGCGCUGUUUGGGGAGGCGGCCGCGGAGAGCGGCGCCAGCGCGGCGCCGCCGUGA